AUGACCUCCGUUGUUGACAGCAUUAAUCGUACCUUGUUCUUCUCUGAUGUCCCUGAUGGUGUUUUGAAGCACAAGCCUGUGGAACGCGAUGUCCGCGACCUCUCGGACGUCAUCACCAACAUAGGCGCUGACAUUCACAGCACUCUCUUCUUUGAUGACUUGCAAAGUGUCGCCAACCAGGAUCGCCAUGCUGAGCUGAUUGAGGAAGAUAUGGCCAAACGCGAACAAAAACGCAAGGAAGUUGAAGUCAGCCCAACCAUUGAAAAGGAAGAACCAAAGGGUGCUACAAUGACAUUCACAGAGCUCAAGAAGGAGAUGGAUAACCGCACCAUUCCAUCCCCAUCGCUUGCUCGCAUUGAGAAGGUCAAUGCGCAAGUAGCCGCGGAGAAGAGAGAGGCGGAGUUGGCCAAGAUUGCCCAAGGACUCGAGAAGCAGCACAGCAAGAUGGGAUCGCUCAUGGCCAGGGUCAAGAAGGCCACCAAGUUCACUAGAGCAAAGGAGUAG